AUGACCCAUAAUUUGAUCUUCCUCGUCUUCGCGUUUCUUCAAUUGAAACUUAAUGCCAGGGCUCUUAAACAAAGACUCAGAGAUCGUUUAAGAAAUCGAAAAUUUGAAUUGGAAAGGUUAGAGAGAGCAUAUCGACAAACAACUUCCAAUGAGACUAAAUUACAUUCACAUGUCCAGAAACAAGUCAAUAGGCAGCAACCAACAAUUGCUAGAUUGGCAAAGAAGUACAAUGACAUGUGCUAUGAUAUGACAAAGCAAAUCCAGCAGGGAAAGGCCCCUGGCAAUUCUAUAGCCCCUGUGCCAAUCAAUCGGGAGCAUUUAUUUGCUCUAGAUGUGGAUGAUGACAUCUGGCAGGAUGUUGGAUUAGAUGAGAAUGAAAGUGAGGUUAUACCUGGCUGGCUUGGGGAUGAGAAGAUUCGUGAAGGAAUCAAAGGAAUGCUGACAACCAAGAGAUGUGCAGAAGAGAUGGCUAGAAUCAAAUGA